AUGGCUACUGUUGAUGUUGCGGGUGUCCCAAAGCCUCCGCCUGCAAAUGACCCUAUUGAAAGUACAGUAUUAGAGAAACACACACUUCCAGCAAGCUGGUGGACUUCUGAAAAGGUUUUCGAGUUGGAGAAAAGAGCAAUUUUCAAUAAAUCAUGGUUGUUCUGUACACAUAGUUCCAGGUUUAAAAAACCUGGAGAUUACUAUUCUUUUACGUGCGUUGGUAUUAACUUUUUUAUUAUCAAGUCCAAGUUUGAUGGUGAGUUGAAAGCAUUUCACAAUGUCUGUCGCCAUAGAGCAUAUCCGGUUGUUAGGAAGGAGCAAGGUUCAUCUAUUAUUUUAGGUUGCAAAUACCAUGGCUGGAGUUACAAUAGCGACGGCAAGUUGACCAAAGCACCUCACUUUGAUAAAGUUGAAGGUUUCAAUAAGGACGAGAAUUCUUUAUUUAGCAUUAAAACACAUACUACUCCACAAGGUCUUGUCUUCGUUAAUUUUAGUACGGAAGAAGACGUAAUUCCAUUUGACGAAUGGUUUAACGGAAUUCAAGGUGAAUUGAACGAGUUUGAUUUCUCUGAUUAUGAGUAUCAUAUGUCUUACGAAUUAGAUGGCCAGUUCAACUGGAAAACCUUGAUGGACGGUUAUAAUGAAUGCUAUCAUUGUCCAACUGCUCAUCCAGGUUUAUCCACUGCGUUUAAAAUGGAAACUUAUAAGGUUGUUCCCAAAACCAGAUAUUGUCGCCAUUAUGCAGAAAUAAUUAAGGAAGAUACUGAGCAAAAGGAUGAGCCUUCAGCCGAACAAGAUUCAACAUCUUGGUUUGGUUUUAAUAAGGGUAAGAAAGAACCGACAAAAACUUCGAAGCCUUCGAAAGAGAACCCGGGCGGAGAGUUCAACGGAUUGUGGGUCUAUUUGUUCCCUAAUAAUGGAAUCAACUGCUAUUCCCCAGCAUGGUACUCCAUUAGAGUAUUACCUCAAUCUGCAAGCCGUACUAUCCUUCAAUACGAUAUCUACACCAAAAAGGGUCUUGCGGAAGAUAAGAAAAAAGAGUUUGUCGACUUUUUGCAAUUAGUCGAACUUGAGGACUUCAACCUCUGUGAAAUGACUCAGAAGAACUUAAACCAAGGUAUGUACACUACGGGUUACUUGCACCCACAAAAAGAAAGAGGUGUGUUGUACUAUCAAGGUUUAGUACGUGAUAUGGUGAAGGAGCACUUUAAAUUGGAACAAGAGAAGGGUGGUCCAUUCAAUCCAGCUUUUAGUAAUCAGAUACAUGAAGAAAGCACAAAAGAGCUAGACGACAUAUGUAAUCUGCUUGAAUGCCUGGGAGGUAGUCCUUCUGAAAAGCUUGAUUGGUAG